UUCAAUUAAUUUAAUAAGUAAAUUGGAUAAUUCUCAUUUGUACAGUACGGAUUUCAAUGGAAUGGAUAAAAGGAGAUAUAUCUCUAAUAGAGAGAUUUACAUCUUUUGUUUACAAAUAUAUGAAUAUGAUACGUUUACUGCUUACAACCACAUGAUUGGUGCACCGGCUGGUCUGUCCCAGCCAAUCAACACACAAAAGACAAAUCUUUAACGUUGCUAUGCUGUCAAACACACACAUUUUUGGUGAACACCCAACUAUGAUUUGGAAUUUGGAUAAUAUGAAUGUAAGACUCUUGAGUUUUAAACUCUUUCGACCUUUCAAUACAAAUAGAGGUCCAGAAACCAGCUUAGAUUUACUGCGUCACCAUUGAUGUGGGGUACCAUACUGCGGGUCCCAUCUAACAUGGGAAAGUAGAAACAGGACAGACCCAUGAAUGAUCUGGUUCAAUCUCUUCAGAGGCUUCUUUUUACUAUAAAUAAGCUCAUAAUGUCCUUGUGGAUCUUUUGUCUUAUCCUCCAUUUGUGGUCAACCACUUGUCAAUCAUAGCGUUAUUAUAACUGCUGUUAUAUCCAUAACUUCGUACUCUGGUAUCAUUUUUUUUCCCAAUCUUCUAUUAGUUUUAAUCGCCAGCUACCCUACUUGCAGGCAUCAAAGGAAAUUUCACAUGCUGGGAUUGGUUUACACCAUUCUCAAUAAAUAAAAUCUCGUUUUUGCAGAAGAAUUCUUCCUCCAGGAGAGAUUCUGGAGGAAGAACUGCUCAAAUGUCGACAAUUUCGAUUCACAGGCUUCAGUUAUUGAGUUUCUCCCAUGGCAGAAUCAAAUCACAUAGAAGAUUUCACAGAACCUAUGCCAUUACCAUGACAAUGGAUGCCAAAUCUUCUGAAAAAAAGAAGAUUGAAGAAAUUUCUGUACAGAUUCCAUCAUUAUCGUCACCUAUUACUCAACGUGAAUUAUUAAAAUCAUCUGAUCUGCAAUUUAACCGGCUGCAACCAUCAGAAAGAGAUUUAAUUCAAGAAAAAAAACUUGAAUUUGGACAUUUUGUUGCAAGAGACGCCAUUCUUGAUGAAGAAUUCUGGACUGCAGCAUGGCUUCGUGCAGAAAGUCACUGGGAGGAUAGAUCAAGUGACAGAUAUGUCGAUAACCACAAAAGGAAAUUUGCAGAGCAGGUAAAAAAGGAAACGAAGAAUGUGAAACGCACAGUACUGAAAAGUGUGGUUGGAACUCUCGAUUUGAGCAUUCGGUACUUGUUGCAUGGAGAAACCUUUCCAGGGGAACGGGUGAAAGCUCCUCUCUUCUGCAGCAUAAACCGUACAUCCCAAAAUAGAUAUGGUUAUAUUGCAAACUUGUGUGUUGCCAAAUCAGCACGUCGCCAGGGUAUUGCAAGUAAUAUGCUGUAUUUUGCUGUUGAAUCAGCUAUUUCAGAUGGUGUUGAACAGGUUUAUGUGCAUGUGUAUAGAGAUAACAAAGCUGCGCAAGAGCUGUACCGCAAGAUGGGUUUCGAGUUGGUUCAAAUGGCAAGCUCUCAAUUAUUAGAGGAGGGAACGUUCUUGCUUUGCUUCAAAUCCUGAAAACCAUUCGACUCAAAAUUUAUCUCUUGGUGUAAAGAAACAUAUUCUAGGUGACUUGUAGAAUAUCUAUAGGCUGCUAUCCAAAGCGAGAAGGAAUGUUUUUGGUCAUUACCUUCAAUUUGUAAUAUCUUGUUCAAUAGGCUUUGAACAAUAUUCUUCUAUAUUUUAAUUUUUUUUUCUUUUAUGUAAUUUCUGCAAGUUGAAAUGGAAAACAGGAAGAAAAGAAAAAUAGAGAAGCUGUCAUUUAUAUCCUUUC